AUGACGACCCACUACUACUAUCUGUUGGCAGUGAGACUGCUGCUCAUAGCUGCGGCCGGCCGGCAAAAGCUUAGCAAGGCGGAGCCGGUGACACUGCCGGGGUGUCCCGACAGGUGCGGGGACGUGAGCAUCCCUUACCCCUUUGGCACCAAGGAUGGCUGCUUCCUGCCAGGCUUCCAAAUUAUCUGCAACGACACCUUCCAUCCGCCCCGCGCCUUCUUUCCUUAUGACCCUCCUAAUUGCAACGAGGACUCCUUGGAGGCCUCGAUCGACUGCCUAGUUUCGCAGCUCAACUCCAGAAAGCCGCUGAUCAUGACCAAGGAUAGCAUCUACAGCUUGAACGACAUAGAGGACUAUACUAUGCCUGGAAACAUGUCCUUCUCGCCGGUCGAGCUCACCGGCGUGUCCGUCGCGGAUGCGAAACUGCAGGUGCACGCUCCGUUCUGCUACGACUGCAAAUUGAACGAGACGCAUUACUCGUAUAGGGGGGAGAUUAGAAUAUCCUUCCCGUCCUUGUCACCCUUCUUCAUGACGGAGGAAAGCACCGUGUUGAUGGCCAUCGGGAAGCACACGAGCGCAAGUCAGUUAAUGGGGCCCCCUUGCGAAGCAGUCGUUACCUUCGACGACGCUGUCAACGGGAAAUGCUUGGGGCGGGGUUGCUGCCAGGUCCCCAUUCCGCCGCAAGACACCAGCAACCAAGGUUCUUUUAUUUGCAUUACAAACUACAAAGAUGACUGCGUCUAUGGCAUGUUUGUGGACAAGUCCUGGUACAAAUUCACAUCGCUGGACCUCCACGGUGAUGUUUUCAUGCGGAAGAACAAGGCCAGAGGGGUGCCCGUUGUUGUAGACUUUGUCAUCGCCAACCAUUCGUGUCCACGGCCUGGCCAACCGGCCCCCAAGGGAUACGCGUGCGCCGGUGACAACACCAUGUGCGUCCAAGUACCCUUGGACCUGAUGGCCGAUGGCUACGCGGCCACGGGGUACACGUGCAGGUGCUCGCAAGGGUACCAAGGCAACCCAUACAUUCCAAAUGGCUGCCGAGACAUUGAUGAGUGUAAGAAUCCAGAUUUGUAUCCUUGCCACGGGAAAUGCCACAACACGGAAGGAGGAUACAAAUGUGCUUGCCCUGCCGGAACAAAGGGCAACGCCAAACUUGACCAUUGCACGGAAAUGUUUCCCCUGCCAGCGAAGCUGGGCGUAGCUGCAAUAGGAGGCCUUUUUGUCAUAGCACUUGUCGCGUUCAUUCUCCUUCUUCGUAGACAAAAGAGGAAGAUGAGACAACUUUAUAUGAAAAAUGGAGGACCUGCACUAGAAAAGGCAAACAAUAUAAAGAUUUACACAAGGGAGGAGCUCAAGCCAAUUUUGAAGUGUGCCAAUUUUAUAGGAAAAGGCUGCUUUGGUGAAGUUUACAAGGGUUAUCUUGAUAACCAACUAGUUGCAGUAAAGAAGCCUGUUACCGACAGUGUGGCACAUAACGAGCAAUUUGCAAACGAAGUCAUUAUUCAGUCUCAAGUCAUCCACAAGAACAUUGUCAGGCUCAUAGGUUGUUGCCUAGAAGUUGACAUCCCAAUGCUAGUCUAUGAGUUCCUCUCCAAAGGUAGCCUUGAUUACACUCUUCACAGCAACAACAAGGUGCCUCUUGAUCUUGAUGUGCGUUUAAAUAUUGCCGCAGAAUCAGCGGAAGGUCUAGCCUACAUGCAUUCAAAAACCGGCAAAAGAAUUCUGCAUGGUGAUGUGAAACCAGCAAAUAUACUCUUGGAUGAUGAUUAUGUACCAAAAAUAUCUGACUUUGGUAUAUCAAGGAUGAUUGCAAGGGAUAAAGAACACACCACAUCUGUCAUUGGUGAUAGGACUUACAUGGAUCCAGUGUAUCUACAAACUGGAUUACUGACGGAAAAGAGUGAUGUCUACAGUUUUGGAGUACUACUCUUGGAACUUGUUAGCAGGAGGAAGGCCACUUAUUCCGACCAUAACAGCUUAGUGAGGAAUUUUGUUGAGGCUCACAAAAAAGAUGAGAUGCCAAUCGAGCUGUUUGACAAGGAACUUGUAGAACCAGGAGAUUUGGAGCUUCUUGGUAGCCUUGCAAGGGUUGCCGUGGAAUGCCUUAAUCUUGAUGUGGAUGAAAGACCAGCAAUGACAGAUGUUGCAGAGCGCCUUCUCAUGUUGAAGAGAUCACGUAAGUAGUUAUAGACAUGAGUGUAUGUUUGCUGCGAGACCAUUGACUUCCUUGCAUGCUUGUCCAUCUGUUUUUGGGGAUGUUUUUGCUGGUUCCCCCCCAGCCGUACCUUUGUUAAGUUGGUAAUCCCAGCAGUUGUAUCCUUGCUCUCUGUUUGCACUCAGACCUGUUUUAGGGCUUUAUUAUAAAGUCGGACCAUUGUGGCUUUCGUUCC